CUCUUUUAUGGUGUACUAUCUUCUCUUACCUUAUUUUCUACGUAGUAGUAAAUUAUUAACAAACAAGUUUUGCAAGCUUAAUUAGCUAAGCAAGAAAUCCAAAUUAAAUAUAAUGGCUUCAAGUUUGAUUAGCUUGUUCUUUGUUGUGCUCUUUGUGAGUAGCUCCUCUGCUCAGCUAUCCCCCAAAUUCUAUUCCAAGUCUUGUCCUAAGUUGUAUGGGACCGUUCGUUCUGUUGUUCAAUCUGCUGUGGCUAAGGAACGCCGUAUGGGCGCUUCUCUUGUUCGACUUUUCUUCCAUGAUUGCUUUGUCAAUGGGUGUGACGGAUCAAUAUUGUUGGAUGACACCUCGUCGAUGACAGGGGAGAAGUCAGCAGCUCCAAAUCUGAAGUCAGCAAGAGGAUUCAAUGUGGUUGAUGCCAUCAAGUCCAAAGUUGAGCAGGUCUGCCCUGGUGUUGUAUCUUGUGCCGAUAUCCUUGCCAUCGCUUCUCGUGACUCUGUUGCUCUUCUUGGUGGUCCUAAUUGGAACGUAAAGCUAGGACGUCGUGAUUCCAAGACAGCGAGCCAGGCUGCCGCCAAUAAUGCAAUCCCACCUCCAAGUUCUAGUCUUAACAGUCUCAUCUCUCGGUUUCAGUCUCAUGGUCUGUCAGCCAAGGAUAUGGUUGCCUUAUCUGGAGCACACACAAUAGGGCAGGCAAGGUGUGUUACAUUCAGAACACACAUAUACAACGAGACAAGCACAAUCAACCCUGCCUUUGCAAGCUUAAGGCAAAGGAACUGUCCUAGAACAAGUGGAAAUGGCGACAACAAUCCGGCUUCAUUGGACUUCCAAACUCCUACUAAAUUCGAUAACAAAUAUUUCAGUGACCUCGUAACAAAGAGGGGUCUGCUGCAUUCUGAUCAGCAGCUCUUCAGUGGUGGAUCAACCGAUUCCAUUGUUCAAUCUUAUAGUAAUAAUCCUGGAUUCUUUCACUCAGAUUUUUCCACUGCUAUGAUCAAGAUGGGUGAUAUUAGCCCUCUCACUGGCUCCCAAGGUGAAAUCAGGAAGAAUUGCAGGAGAGCUAAUUAAGUUGAUCCCACCAGGAGAAUGGUCAACUAAAACAACACAAUCAAAGUUGCAUAAAUUAGCUUUGCAUUUUUGCCUGGGUACCAAUUAUUUUAUAUGUGUGGUUGUGAAUCUUUUUUGGUUGUACAACAAUUUUUUCUUCAAGUGUCACAUAAUUUUGUUUUCAACUGUAAACUUUCUGUUCAAUAAAAUCAAGUUCUUAUUUUUGGUUUAUUUUAUACAUUGUCCCUUGUGGGCCUUAAGGCAUUACCUCUUUGAUGGGCCAGAAAACAUGAUUAUACGUUAUGGGCUUCCAAGUCAUAUGCG